GUCCCGGCGGCUGUUCGGUGGCUAUGAGCAACAUCACCUCCAAUGGCACUGUGCCGCUCGGCUCCAGGCGAUGGCAGAGAGAUGUCCUGUCUCUGGUGUUGGGGUCUCUGCUCAUCCUCUUCAUCGUGGGCGGCAAUGGGCUGGUGUGCCUGAGCGUCUACACCGAGAGAGCCUUGAAGACCACCACCAACUACUUUAUAGUCAGUCUGGCAGUGGCUGAUCUCCUCCUCGCGGUGCUGGUCCUACCGCUCUACGUCUACACAGAGUUUCAGGGAGGAGUGUGGACCUUAGGCACGGUGCUGUGUGAUGCGUUGAUGACAAUGGACGUGAUGCUCUGCACAGCCUCGAUAUUCAACUUGUGUGCGAUCAGCGUAGACCGAUUCAUCGCAGUCUCCAUUCCCCUCAACUACAACAGGAAGCACAUCGACCACCGGCAAAUCGUGCUGAUAUCCACCACCUGGAUCUUUGCGUUCGCUGUGGCUUCCCCGGUUGUAUUUGGCCUCAACAAUGUCCCAAACAGAGACGCGUCGGUGUGCGAGCUCGAGAACAAUAACUACGUCAUCUACUCCUCGGUCUGUUCCUUCUUCCUGCCCUGUCCGGUCAUGCUGGUCCUGUAUUGCGGUAUGUUCCGCGGCCUCAGACAAUGGGAGGAGGCGCGCAAGGAGAAGCUCCAGCGCAGUUUACACGCUUCCCUCAAGCUGAGCAGUGGCCCCCCAGUGCCCACCUGCCCUCCCCCGCUCAUCGAGCGCAGCCAGUCGGGAAUCAAGCUGGAGGAUCUGCGUCUGUACCCCAAGCCGGACCGUGGCCCCCCAGACGAGUGUGGGGGUGACAGGACGAUUCAGACGGUGGCUUUCGCCGAGGUGAGGUAUGCUCCGUCGCGGGCGCCGUCCAGGAGGAAGCGAGCCAAGAUCAACGGGAGGGAACGCAAGGCGAUGAAGGUGCUGCCUAUUGUCGUGGGUGCGUUUCUCUUCUGUUGGACCCCGUUUUUUGUGGUUCAUAUAACAAGGGCCUUGUGCACCUCCUGUAAAAUCACGCCUCGCCUCAUCAGCAUCGUGACAUGGCUGGGCUAUGUGAACAGCGCCAUCAACCCCAUCAUCUACACAAUCUUCAACAUGGAAUUCAGGAACUAUUUCAGAAAGGUCCUGCGUUCCUGCUGUUGAUCCACAAGCACCUUCCGC